AUGGACUCGGACCUUUCUUCUAGAGGAGAAUGUGAGGCUAAGCAGGCGGGUCAAAUGAUGAAACAGCGAUCGCUUUGCUUUGAUAUUGCGUAUACAAGUAUCUUAAAACGUGCUAUAAAAACGUGCUACAUAGCCUUGGAAGAACUACAUCUUCUCUGGAUCCCCGUUGUUAAGACCUGGCGUUUGAACAGCCGCAUGUACGGUGCGUUACAGGGAUUGACAAAAGAUGAAACUGCAUCCACACAUGGAGACACUCAAGUGAGGUUGUGGAGAAGAUCCUACGACAUUCCUCCUCCAGCUCUGGGUUUGACAGACUCCCUUUCUCCUGAAUAUGAUCCUCGAUAUAAUAAAGGAAAGCGAGUUCUCAUUACCGCCCACGAAACCAGUAUUCUUGCACUAAUGAAACACCUUGAUAACAUCUCGGACUCAAAAAUAAUGGAACUGCAUGUUCCACCAGGCAUUCCUCUGAUAUAUGAGUUGAAUUCAGAGAUGGCGCCUAUUCGCCACUACUACUUGGCAGACGACAAGACUGUAGCGGCAGCCAUUAGCAGAGCAGCUGGUCUGGACGCUCUUAUGGAGGAAUAUCGGGUUCAACCCAUGUACCGCUUAGUUCUUAUUCGACAUGGAGAAAGUGCCUUCUCAAAGGAAAAUAUGUUUACUGGUUGGGCAGAUCCUGAUAUUUCAUACAAAGGUGAAUGUCAGGCUAUCAACGUUGCAAAGUUUCUCAACAAACUAGGUGUGACGUUUGAUAUUGCCUAUACAAGCCUUCUAAAGCGGGCAAUUAAAUCAUGUCAUCUAAUUUUGGAAAAUAUGGGUAUUCUUUGGAUUCCUGUGUUCAAAUCGUGGAGACUAAACGGCCGCAUGUAUGGCAUGAUUCAAGGAUGUAAUAAAUCCCGAUUAGCUUUGCAGUACGGUGAAGAACAGGUUCGAAUUUGGAGACGAGCAUACGAUGGAAAGCCACCACCACUUAGCCGAGAUCAGAAGCAUCAUCCAAUUCAUGACCCUAAAUAUGCGAACCUUCACAGCUCCAUGGUACCUGACACCGAAAGCCUUGAGGACGCAUACGAGCGACUGAUGCCGUUGUGGAAUGAUGAAAUUGUGCCGACAAUCAAGGAAGGGAAUCGGGUCCUGAUUAUUGGCCACGGAAGUGCACUUCGAGCCGUUAUCAAGCACAUCGAUCGUGUCCCCGACGAAAAAAUGAUUGAUGUCCACGUACCCCACUGCAUUCCCCUUGUAUAUGAAUUCAACAAGUCGAUGACCCCCACAAGACACUACUAUUUGACAGACGAGGCGACAUGGACCAAGGCCGUUCAGGACGUCAUUGACGAGACCAAGCGACAACCCCAGCCCGUGUAA